GAGCGGGAACGUUUCUAUCCAGAAUAUGCCGUAUGCCCAUCGACGGUCGAUUACAGAAUCGCAGGGCUACCGGCCUACACUUGGGCAAAUUCCCCCACUACAGCAAAUGCGUCUCCCCCAUCCACACGCGCUCACCAACCGCCUGUCCUCCCCCUCGCAGCUAGCCGGUUCUGGGGUGCUGCCCCCACCUCAGGGGUACGAGGUUAGUGGGGACCGCAGACUUGACAGGAUGCGAUAGAAUAUGUAUGGUCAUUUUUUGGUUACGUUGGUUGCAUCUGUGUUGUCACAUCCCCUGCAAGGACUCCGCAUGAAAAGGCAUAACUGUAUCCGUACUCACAAGUCUCGAACGCGCUGCUCGUGCAACCGCUCUCGUCUGCUAUCCUACAUUUUCUGCUUCUUGUACCAGCAGCAAUCGUCAUGAUCUUCUACUAGGUUAGACCAGCCUACAACUCGCCGCAGUGCUCCUAAUAAACAUCCCAUGCCCGAG